CUCGAAUUGAAAGAUGUGAAGCUCCUGUGGUAUCGACCACGUCAGUCUAUAUUUCCUCAAUCAUUUCUCUCUUCGCUCCAUUUUCUAAACCUAGCCACCACCAACACUGCCCACUUCUCUACACUCUGCUGGCCCUUUCUGAAAAAAAAAUUUCGUUACUUUUCGAUUUCUAUCUUUCUAUGUAACAAAUAAUGUCAGUUUCUUCAUCGACCUUCAACCUCUCGCCUUCUUUCAAACUCUCUAACGAAGCCACCGCUCCGAUCAAGCAGUGUAUCGUCGCCGUUAAAUCUCCUAAUACGAUAAAUGUAGUCUUUUCAUCAUCUCGUCUUCCUUCAUUUAUUAACGUUCAUUCGCACUCCGUUUGCAAACUCCAAUGCGUUGACUCUCACUCCAGUGCCAGCGCGAUUUCUGAUUCGUCGGGACGGGGACAAGAUGUUAAUAUCGCUAAAGAGGAACGAGUUUUGGACUUGAGAAUUGAUGGAGGUAGUGGUGAUGGUAGUAAUGGAGGUUCUGGAGGUGGCUCCGGUGGAGGUGGAGGAGGUGGUGGUGGAAAUGAAGGUAACGGUGAGGAAGAGAAGGAGUUUGGCCCGAUAUUGAGAUUUGAGGAAGUAAUGAAACUAGCGGAAACGCGAGGAGUGAAACUUCCGGCGGAUAUGGUAGAGGCGGCCAAGACUACAGGAAUACGUGAAAUGUUUAUUCUACGAUACCUGGAGUUGCAGGGAUCGGUUUGGCCACUCGGUUUUUUGAUGAAGUACUGUACUAUGUUGCGCAAUCGAAUGCUGGCUGAUCCUUCGUUUCUUUUCAAAGUUGGAACAGAGAUAGUUAUUGAUUCUUGCUGUGCAACGUUUGCGGAAGUUCAAAAGAGGGGAAAAGAUUUCUGGUCCGAGUUUGAGUUGUAUGCAGCUGAUCUUCUGGUUGGCAUUGUUGUUGACAUUGCUUUAGUUGGUAUGUUAGCACCUUAUGCUCGCAUUGGACAGCCAGCUGUGUCAAAAGGCUUAUUUGGAAACAUACAACAAGCUUGUGCGGCUCUUCCCAGCAGCGUUUUUGAAGCUGAAAGGCCAGGAUGUAGAUUCUCUGCGAAGCAGCGCAUUGCUACAUACUUCUAUAAGGGUGCAUUAUAUGGUUCAGUUGGAUUUGGGUGUGGACUCAUUGGCCAAGGCAUCGCUAAUCUGAUCAUGACUGCCAAGCGGAGCAUAAAGAAAUCAGAAGAGGAUAUUCCUGUUCCACCUCUUCUGCAAAGUGCUGUCCUUUGGGGUGUUUUUCUUGCUGUAUCCUCGAACACUCGUUACCAAAUCAUUAAUGGACUUGAACGCCUGGUUGAAUCAUCACCUUUGGCAAAGCAAGUCCCUCCUGUUGCAAUGGCUUUCACUGUUGGUGUACGAUUUGCCAACAAUAUUUAUGGCGGCAUGCAGUUUGUAGAUUGGGCAAAAUGGAGCGGCGUGCAAUAACUAGAAGUCAUUUGUACAAGAAAUGCUUUUGAAGAGUACACCGGUCAUGUGCAAGGGAAAGGUUUAUACAUUUUAGUUAAAUUAGCAUCAGCUUUCUCUCAAGAAGCCUUCUGUUUUCUCUCAAGAAGCCUUCUGUUUUCAUUCGGCUUUGAUGCUUACCCAUUUCCAUUCAAAAAUUAGGGCUGGUAUUUUUGCUCAGGUUUUUUGGUACUAAUAAUAUUAGUCACUUGUCAAUGAGUGCUUUUACUGGCUGAUUCAUGAAUUAUUUCCGGUAAAACCGUGUCUGGACUGGAUGAUUUGCUGCUGUUUCUUAUUUUGCUGUGCUGCUAAAAUCUCAAAAAAUGUUUAGGAUGUUAUGCUUGUUUGUUUGUGCAAAAGAGGGAUGGAGGAGACGCGCUUUAUUUUGAGAUGUUUCGCUUUGUUUUGUUUUGAGUGGAAUCAGCAUUGACAAAGCCACAUUGCCGCCCA